AUUGAGAAAGAAUUCAAUAUUCCGACUGAAAUGCAGAAAUGGAUUUUAGGCAAAACGUUGGCCACAAAUCUGAGCGCAUCGUUAGCCACAUAUGGCAUAACGUGUUCCGGUUGUCCCAUAUUUUUAUAUUUGUUACCCGAAGAACCCAAACAUGAAAUAAAUUUGGAAAUUCCUCAAAACGAAACGCCGGCAGUGAAUGACGAGUGGUUUCCCAAUGAUAUUCCGGAACCGAUUUUGGAUAACAAUCUGGAAACGAUUCCUCUGAUGCCCGAAACCAGUGAUAUUAUCGAUGCAUUUGAUUUACAAUCAAUUAAUAAUGUGAUCCCUGAAGAGGAGGACUCGGAGAAAGUGAUGCCAAGACAGCAGUACUUCGAGUUAGUCGAGUUGGACGACGUUAAAUGUGUCACUAAUAGCGAGCCCUUUGAAUGUCCCGUUUGUUUCGUCGACAUCGGUGUCGGUGAAGGCAUUGUUUUGCGCGACUGUUUGCACACAUUUUGCAAGUAUUGUCUGUUGAGUGCCGUUCAGUACAAUACAGAAGUGGAGGUGAAGUGUCCGUUUAGGAACAGUGAGUACUCGUGCGACAGUCGUAUGCAAGACAGGGAAGUGAAAGAAGUGGUGCCCUUAGAUGUGUACGAAAGGUAUCUCCAGAAGAGCAUAUCGACCGCCGAAAGCAAGAUUGAGAAGUCUUUCCACUGCAAGACAGUUGACUGUUGCGGUUGGUGUGAGUUUGACGACAACGUCAAUGUCUUCCGGUGUCCCGUUUGUCGUCACGAGAACUGCAUUAACUGUCAGUCCAUACACGAGGGCAUCAAUUGUAAGCAAUUUCAGGAUCAGCUCGAGUUCAACGCC